CCUCCACUGUCCAAGGUUCCACUCCCACCACUUGCUUUCCACAAUCAUUUGCUUACACUUCUUCCUUCUCCUUUUCACCACCACCACAUCCCGUUAAUGCCAAUACCUGCUAAUUAGAUUUUGUUCCCCUUACAAACUCUCUCAAUCUCUCUAACAUGGCAGCUGAUCAUAGCUAUCCACUGUGUCUACUAGGAGUCAUGGAUCGUCUUUGGUUUCACAAAAUCAUUUUGUUCUCAGAACCCACUGCUGCUCCAAAAACCCUUAAGCAACCUCAGCUCAUGACAACAGAAUCUCUUACAUGCCCAUCGACAUCAAGCAUCACUUUAGCAACUCCUCCUAAUGAAGAAUUCUUAUCAUCUCCUUCAGUCCCUCUUCUUGAAGACCUGCAAAUCUCUCCUGCAGAGUCACCUACAACCACUCCGCUGGAUAUUGACUCCAGCAACGAGGAGGAGGAGGAGGAGGAGGAAGAUAAGGAUAUUAACCAGAAAGAAAGGCGAAUGAGAUUGAGUCUUGCACAAAGAAGUACUCGUUCACAUUCUUCAUCACCAUCAACUCAAAAACGUCCCAAAUAUUUUAGACGUUCAGGCUCGUUGACGAUCCUGCCGAAAUCCAUGAGCUGCAGGAGCUUGGGAGAGUUAGAACUUGAAGAAGUUAAAGGGUUCAUGGAUCUUGGUUUCAUAUUCAAAAAAGAAUACUUGAGUCCAAGAAUGAUGAGUGUUGUCCCUGGAUUGCAAAGACUUGGACUGUACCAAAAUAGACAGAACAUAAAUCUCAGAGACAGUAAAGAAGCUGAAGAUCAUGAUGAACUAAUUAGAAAACAAGAGGAGGACGAAGAGAAAGGUAUUAUUAGACCAUAUCUAUCAGAAUCUUGGCUAAUAAAGAGACCCGAUUCACCGUUAUUAAAUCUAAGGGUGCCAAGAGUAUCUGUAGCUGCUGACAUGAAAAUACACCUGAAGUUCUGGGCCAGAACUGUUGCAUCUGAAAUUCAGCCAGAAUCUUGACAAAAUGUGCAGGUUCUUUCCAGCUGAAAUCGUAGGAGCUACUACCAAGCAAAUUCUGAUACUCGAAACAUCAACAACUCAUUUAUCUUGAGAAUAGAUUAUUUCUAGUCCAACGACAGCUGCAACUGUAAAAAAAACAAGCUUGACUUGUAUGUGUUGAUUGAUAUAUAAAUAAAAAGAGGUGGUGAAAAUGUA